AUGGUCCAGGUCGCCCCAGACCUGCCCAUCACGGACAACUGCCACCACUACACCCGCCUCGAAGACGUCCCCUGGGAUAUUCACAAAUACUGGAAGAACCGCUUCAAGAUCUUCCCCAACUACAACGAUGGCAUCUUCCUGACCGACGACGCCUGGUUCGGUGUCACGCCGGAGCCCGUGGCGCGCAAGAUUGCCGAGGAUAUACCGCUGCCCGUCUUUCCCGACGACUCUUCUCGGGAAACAGACUACAGUGCAGCCGCGCCCGCCACAACCAUCGUCGACAUGUUUGCGGGCGCCGGCGGCAACACCAUUGCCUUUGCGCUCUGGGGCUACUUUGACCGUAUCAUCAGCAUCGAGCGCGACGCAGAUACGCUGGCCUGUGCUCAGGAGAAUGCCCGUAUUUCGGGCGUGGCUGAGGGCGUCAUUACGUGGGUGCUCGGUGACUGUUUUGAAGUGUUGAAGGAGUUGUUGGGAGGACGGAUGGCCGGCAACCGCAUCGGAGAAACCACCACCUUCACCGACGCCGGCAUCGACAUACCCAUAGACGGUGCAGUUGGGUCCCUUGACCCCAACAACACCGUCCUCUUUGCAUCGCCCCCGUGGGGCGGUGUCAGCUACACAUCCCAGGCCGUGUUCGACCUCUCGACCAUGGAACCCUACAACCUCCAGGCGCUGCACGACGCCUGCUAUCCCUUGCCACAUGCGCUCUACCUGCCACGGACAAGUGAUCUGCAGCAGCUGGCCGACGUGUUUCCAAAAAGGAAGGCCGCAGACGUGAACGGAGAUGGAUCUGCGGACGGCGAGAACCCGCCUCCCGAGCCCAAGCUUGACGUUGUCCAGUAUUGCAUGCAUGGCUUCAGCAAGGCCCUUGUCGCCUACUACCCAGCCGAUGAGGAGGCGCUGCGGCGUCUGGUUCAGACACAGGAGAAGGAGCAGUCGGAGUGA